AGCUUCAGUUCAGCCGCAACUCUGAGUCUAGUUGGAGUACCAUCCCGUGUCCCAGCCAACCAUGGCCAACCCGUUACGCGCCCCCCUGAUCCUGAUGGCAGUCCUGGCCUUGGCUUCGGCCGCGACCCCCAAGCAAAGUCCGCGCCUGUUGGGAGGCCUGCAGGAGGCCAAUGUCAACGAAGAGGGCGUGCAGCGAGCGGUGGACUUCGCCAUCAGCGAGUACAACAAGGGCAGCAACGACGCGUACCACAGCCGCGCCAUGCAGGUGUUGAGAGCCCGUAAGCAGGUGAGUGUCCCCCCGAUGCCCNACCAGCCCCAUCUGAUGAGGAAGACCCUCUGCUCCUUCCAGAUCUACACCGUGCCUUGGGAAGGCACACACUCCCUGACAAAAUCCAACUGCAAGGCUGCCUAAGGGUGAUGGAGACUGCUCCUUACUUGUACUCCCCUCCUUCCCUGUAGUGUCCCAUCCCUUGGGGAGGGUGCUCUAGCUCCAGCGUGUCAGCUCCAGGCGACAGUAGGGCAGCUGCUGCAGACAGGUUCUGCACAUCUGAACAGCUGUCGCCUGGUUCCACUCUUCUCCCAGCAGUACCGUCAUGCCUUGCUCAAUUAAAAAUAAAAUAAAAAGAUUUC